AUGGAGUCGCCGAUGAAGACUUCUUUUCCUGCUGUGCUGUCCCCUAAACCCACCUAUCCACUCACCCACGGCUCUGCCACAUCUGGGAGCCAAAGGACCCCCAGUUUCCCGCCGACCGCCGACGAACCGGUUGCGGCAACCUUGAGCAGUGAUCGAAGCAGGAGCAAUCAUAUUGCGAAUAAUAACAUUAUUAAUAAUAAUCGGAAUCCGUUCCAUACCAUUGAUGUUAAUCAUCAACAUCAUGAUCCACGCCCAAACCCCCACGCUGUCGCCGACACGCACCGACAAAAGCGCCAGAACCGCCAUCUAGUCAUCGAUACCACCAGUUUAGACAGCAGCAAACUGAAACCGCAUCACAAGCACAAACACAGCAAACCCCGCGACAGCCGUCUUCCGCGAACAAUGACCCAGAUUGCCUCAUCGGCUGGAGCUAGGGGCUUACUGCCGAGCUGGUCUGGUGGCAAAGAGAAAACUUGCGACGGUGACGAUGGGCUGCUGAGGCCUAUGACUCAGGAAACAACUCGAUCACGCUGGGGUUCGGACUCUACCGAGCAGGGCGACCAGAUCGGGUCGGUUAGACAACAGGAAAUUUGCUCAAUGGGGGAUUUGGAGCAAGUGAAAAAUCGAAGGAAACAAGGAGAAGAAUAUCUACGAUCCGCUCUGUCAUCUAUUGGAACGCUUGCAACUGACAUAACUCGCCGACUUGACUACACCUAUUACAAUCUAUUAGAGAAGAUCACCGCCUUGAACUCUACUAUUUCUUCAUUCCAAGAACUAUCGGACUCUACAUCAGCGUUAUUCGAUGGCUUUGAACGUGAGGUCACAGGCUUGGAUCAGGAAAUUCGUAAGCAGAUUGGAGAACUAAAAGGAUUCCAACCUCAGAUACAGAAGAUUGAAUCCCUAGAGGAGCGUAUGAAAUCAGGCAGGCAACGGGCUGAGAGGCUUGGGAAUAGGCUCGAAGCAAUGCGUGAUGAAAUUGACCGCUGGGAGCGAAGAGAGGAAGAAUGGCAAACACGAAUAGGUCGACGGCUCCGCAUUUUCUGGGGUGUGCUAGCAACCGCUAUGCUAGUCGUUUUACUGGCCGUGAUAAUUCAAAGUUGGCCGACUAUUUGGUCGGUUUCAAAUCAUGACGUUCUAUCCCAAAUAAAAACACCAGCAAACCAAUCUUCAGAUGCCAUACUAAAUAAACCAGAAUUUGCAGAACCUGUUCCUGAGCUAGAUGGCCAAGGGGACAACCAUCUGUGGUCUCGGCAUUCAUCUGGUCUUGCAGAUCACCAUACAAGCCGUCGGUUUACCAGUUCAGCAAAUACACCCACUUCCAAAGGACGGAAUACGAAGGCGUCGCCUACAGAUUCAGACCCUUUAUGGCUAUUCGAUGAGCUCUGA